GUUAUACUGUCCAAUAGAAUCGUUUCUGCACUACCUAAAAUAAGUCUCAACUAGUGGCUCUAAAAGCGUCAUGGUUUAUGGUGGAAAUCUAACCUAGUAUAACGCGCAUGUUUACGGGAAAGUUAGAACUCGACUCGAAAGAGUACUAGAUCGAAGGGAAAGAUUUAUACCAGAGUAUGUGAAGACUUAAAAUAACCAUAAUCAGUUUAAUAAAACUAUAAUAAAAAUGUCGCGAAUUGUCGACACGAGAGAAGUGAUUUUAACUAGUGACAGUAGCGGUGAACAAGGGAGUGCGUCUGUGUGGGAUCACCGAACUGGUUCACUUUUAUCGACUUAUAAAAAUACUGGUCCUCUCAGUCAUAGAACUCUUCAACUUUUAAGCGACAGUUAUAUAGUAGGUGCAGAUUUAACGAAACCGCGUAUACACGUUUGGCCAUUGAACAGUCAUUCUCCCGUAUCUAAUCUGAGACUGACAACACCGGGAAAGGUUACUGCUCUGAGUUGCACGCCCAAUGGGGCCUACAUGGUCGCAGCCAUUUCCGAAAAACUAUUUUUCUGGCAAUUGUGCAACGGGCGUUUGUUAAAGAAUUUAUCGCAACAUUAUCAAACAGUGACCUGUUUGACGUUCACCAAAGACGGUUCCAUUCUCGCCAGUGGCGCUGAGGACGGAUUAAUUUUCGUGUGGUCAUUGUAUCGUGUAUUGAACGAGGAGCAUCCUACGCCAUUGCACACAUUCUCUCAUCACUCUUUGCCAGUGAAGGACCUACAAUUUGGACAUGCUGGCGCGCGAGGAAGACUGUGCUCCGUAUCUCUUGAUCGAACAUGCAACGUUUACGACGCAGGCUCCGGAUUGCUAUUGCUCACCCUUGUGUUCGACGUGCCACUCACUUCCGUUUCCAUGAACGCACACGAAAGUGAUUUAUUCGUGGGCUGCACAAACGGUGACAUAUAUGGAUUCAAUUUGCACGAGCCGCCACGUGGAAUAGAGCAUCAUGUGCAGGUACGGAAAGACGGAAAUUCGGAUGGAGUGAUAGUUUUCCAGGGGCACAAAUCGAGCGUAGUAUCAUUGUCAAUAUCGAUCGAUUGUCAAUACCUGCUGUCGGGCUCAACCAGCGGCGAAAUUCACGUCUGGGACAUAGCGAGUCGUCAGAUUCUUCGUACGAUCAAUCGCAAGGGACCAAUCACCGCUGCAUUCUUCGCGAAAAACUACGACAAUUUCCGGGUCACCAACCUUAAGCCGCGUUUACAACUAUGUAAUUUACAUAAGACAUCGGACGAUAGCGGAAAGGAAAGCUCCAUCGAGGUGAUUUCAAGGGAUCGAAAUACAACAGACAUUAUAGAUUUUGAUUUGUACAUAGAUAAAAAUAUCGAUUUGAGCGGAUCAGACAAUGUAACCUUGAAAAAGUUUUCCGAGAUGAAAGAAGAGAUCGAUAAACUGAAGAAAAUUAAUGCUGCUAUAUAUGAGUACAGUGUAAAACGUAUUUUGAAUAGGUCGAAUGACGAUUUAUGUUCGAUUUAAAGUUUCCUAUGGAUACGUAAUUUUGAUGUCAAUCGUUAAAUUAUUUAGUAAAAGUUUUCUCAUAAAAACUGAUCAUAAUAAAGAGUAGUUGAUGCAUGCUGUAAAUAA